AGGCUGAGGAGGAGGUGGAGGUGGAGGAGAGGAGCGGCCAGAAGGAGGAGGAUGGAGGAGCAGCCGAAGGAGGGCGAGGCCGAGGUCGCGGAGCAUUGGUUCUCUAAGUGGGAGCGCCAGUGCCUGGCCGAGGUGGAGCAGGAAGAGGAGCUGCCCCCGGAUCUGCAGGAGGAGGCGGCCCCCGAGACGGCGGGGCUCAAGAGCGAGCAGCAGAAGCUGUGGCACCUCUUCCAGACCUCAGCCACCGCCGUGGCCCAGCUCUACAAGGAUGCGGGGUGCCAACAGCCAGGACUCUCCAUGUGGGACCCCUUCCAGAAUGCAGCCAUGGCCGUGACCAGCCUCUACAAAGAGAGCGGGCAUGCCCACCAACGAAGUUUUGACCUGGGCAUCCAGGUGGGCCACCAGCGUCGCAUCAAAGAUGUGCUGGAAUGGGUGAAGAAGGGCCGGAGCAUCAUCCUUCGCGAAGAUCUGAUCAGUUUCCUGUGUGGCAAGGUGCCCCCGGCGCCCCCACCGCCGCCUCGUACCCCGAGGAUGCCCGCGAAGCCGGCCUCAGAAGCCCCCAGCCAGGCCGCCGCCACCGAAUCGGGCUCGUCGGUGGACGUCGACCUGCAGCCGUUCCACGAGGCCAUCGCCCUUCACGGCCUCAGCGGCGCCAUGGCCAGCAUUAGCGUGCAAUCUGGCGCGCCCGGCUCCCCGCCUCAAGCCAGCGAGGUCGCCGGCGCUGGCCGCCGAAGAAGUAGCUUCCUCGAGGAUGACUUGAGCCCGAUCGACUGUGAAGAACUGGCCCUCUGCCUGGACAGUGGGGGGUCCCGCAAGCGCACCUCGGCCGAGUGUGGUGAUGGCGACACGGACUCCCCAACCCACAAGCGCAACCGAAUGGCCUAAACCGGUCUGAACUGCCUCGUGGGUCGCCAGCUGCCAUUUUGCCGGGCCAUCAACUUGCUCGUCAAAAGGGUCCUCCAGACGAUCUCUUCUCUAAGUUAAACAAAGAUUUCUAUCAGUUUGCCACAAAAAAACCCCCAAAACAAAAACAAACAACAACAACAAACUUUAAAAGUAUUCCGGAAGAGGCUUCCUAUGACUCUGACUUUCCCAGAAUUAUAAUACUAGCAGAAUACAAGUACCAUGUAGUAGUUAGCAAGACCAUUUAAUGCAGAAGUAUCCGGUCAAGCGGGAGCCUGGUUUAUCUUGU